AUGUGCUCCGGUGGCAGCAGCUUAUCCCCGGUGGCCGGGCUGACGUCGGAGGGCCGGGCGGUGACGUCACGGCGGCGGUGGCUGCGGGUGACGUCACGGCCGCGGGAUGAGUCACGGUACCGUGAUGCGGCUCCCGGGCACGCAGGGCCCCCCCGCGCCCGCCCCGGGGACAGCGGCGACAGCGGCAGCGGCGGCAGCGGGGACAGCGGCGGGCGCAGCGUCUCGCCUCCCGGGGACCCCCGUCACCCUUCCCGGGAGACACAAUCCACUCCUUGGGACCCCCUCAUCGCACCUUGGAACUCUCAUCAACCCCCCGUGAGGACUCCCAUCAUCUCCCCGUCGGGACUCCCGUCGUCCUUCCUCCGGUUCCCUAUUCCCCCCCCACGCCUGGCCGCCCCCCUUUUCCACCUCCUUCUGCCGGGGGGCCCCGGCGGAGCCCCCCGAGCCCGGCCGGGCGGGACGGCGGCUCUGGGCGCGCUGCUGCGCUGCUUCCCCUGCGAGCGGCUGUGCGGGGGCUGCGCGGUGCCCCCCGGGGCGCUGCCCCCGGCCAUGCCGCCCCCGGCCCGCCGCCGCCUGCCCCCGGCCGCCCGCCUGCCCCCGCGCACCUUCCGCAGUUACCUGCCGCGCUCCCACCGCACCUACAGCUGCGUCCACUGCCGGGCGCACCUGGCCCGCCACGAGGAGCUCAUCUCCAAGUCCUUCCAGGGCAGCCACGGCCGUGCCUACCUGUUCAACUCCGUGGUGAACGUGGGGUGCGGCCCGGCUGAGCAGCGGCUGCUGCUGACGGGGCUGCACUCGGUGGCCGACAUCUUCUGCCAGAGCUGCAAGACCACCCUGGGCUGGAAAUACGAGCAGGCGUUCGAGAGCAGCCAAAAGUACAAGGAGGGGAAGUUCAUCAUCGAAAUGUCGCACAUGGUGAAGGAAAACGGCUGGGACUGACGCGGAGGUGCAGCUGGGACUGGGGGGCACGUGGGGGAGCGCUGGGUGACCCCCUCUUUGGCACUUUCCCUGUGCCCCCGGUGCCCCCUGGGUGGCACCAGCCGCGGGGUUGCUGGGCUUUUCUAGGGCAAUAAAGGCUUUUUUUGUAGGAA